AUGUCAGUGUAUUGUGCUGCUCAUGUCUGCAAAUAAAGCAUGCAAUAAAAUGCAGCAAAUUGUACUAUAAGACUAAGUGGUAAAACCAUCUCUUCUUUUUGACCUUACCUUUCUUCCUCCUAUUCCUAUUCCUAUUCCUAUAUAUCACUCCACUUAUCUUUACAAUUUCCUAUCUCAAAAAUCUUCUCCCUCUACUAAAACCUAUACUUACUCUUUUCUUUGCAUCCUUUGAAACAUGAACCAUGAAGAGAAAGUUACCAUGGACUUGGUUCCACCUUCUGAUCAACACCUUUGUUACGUUCGUUGCAACUUCUGUAACACUGUCCUAGCUGUUGGCAUACCAUGCAAGAGGCUGCUAGAUACUGUGACAGUGAAGUGUGGUCACUGCAGCAACCUCUCUUUUCUCACAACAAGACCACCAAGUUCCAAAAAUCAAACUGUUGAUCACACCCUCAGUCUCCAGGGGAUUUACAGUAGCAAAAAGGGCCAACCAUCAUCUUCUUCUUCACCAACUACAUCAACUGAGUCACUGUCCCCUAGACCACCGCCAUUUGUUGUCAAACCACCUGAGAAGAAGCACCGUCUCCCAUCUGCAUAUAACCGUUUCAUGAAAGAAGAGAUACAGCGCAUCAAAGUAGCCAACCCUCAGAUCCCACAUCGAGAAGCUUUCAGUGCUGCUGCCAAAAAUUGGGCUAGGUACAUACCAAAUUCACCAACCAGUUCAAUUUCUGCAACUAAAAGAAACAUUGAAUGAAAGAGCUAUGAUAUCAAUGAAGAUUUGGAGCAAACUGGAGCAAGUAAUUUAGGUGUCACCUAGUUUUAAAUAAAUUAUUAUAAAUAUUGCUAAUUUGUAUCGGUUUCUUCUAAUUAUGUUCUGAGACCAGUUUAAUGAUGGUUAGACUUAUAUUAAUAUUUUAUGAGAGACCAGUUUAAUGAUGGUUAGACUUAUAUUAAUAUUUUAUGUAUGGAAUGUUUGAUGUUGUAAGAGUACAAGAGAUUUUCCAAGUGUGUGUUUGCGUUAGUAAUUGAAUUCCCUUCCUUUGCAAA